UUCGUCUAAAGCUGUCCCCUAGGAUCUCGAAGCGAGACUCGUCUGCUAGUGCAGACGACGAAGGAGGCGCACAGGUGCAUUGAGUUGCAGCAGUGAAAGUAUACACGGAGUGUAGCUCCGCGAUCUGCCAUCUGUCAAUGCCCUUCCUUGCAUAGUCAGUGUUGCUUUGGCGUCGUUAAAGUGUCGUUUAACCGGGAGAUUCGCGAGAUUUCUUUUAGUCGAAUUCGCGUAUCUGACGAUCAUCUCGCGCGCAACGACAAUUUGUUGGAACCGUCGGAAGAGACCGCGAAUUCUGAUCAAACUCGAUCUAGCAGCACUUCCGCGAGAUCGUCGUCCCGAUUGCCCCCCCGUGAUCGAAACCAUGAUCGGGAGACUGUGGGCUAUCCUCGUUCUCGUCGUCGGUUCCACGGCGAUUCUGUCCUCUGAUUCCAGCCCCGAGUACGUGAAGCAAUGUUCCAGAAGCGAUCCGAAACUGAUAACCUGUCUGAUCGACGCUCUGCAUCAUCUGCGACCCUACCUGAGCGCCGGAAUACCCGAAAUCGAAUUACCCGCGGUGGAACCGUUUCGCAUGGACGAGCUGACUCUCUCUCUGACAGGUGGUGUGAACGGUUACAAAGUUCAGCUACGCGACCUCUUCGUAAGGGGAGCAAGCAACUACACAGUGGAGGAUAUCAAACUCGGAUCGCCGUUCCAGACCAUUGUGCGAAUGCCGGCUCUUAUAUUAGACGCGCAUUAUUCCAGUUCCGGCGUGUUGAUCAUUUUGCCUGCCAGCGGAAACGGAACGUUUCACGCGCGCUUCGGCGACGCCAGAGCUCUAGUCAGAGGCACCGUGUCGACGAAAUUGCAAAACGAGAAGACGUAUCUGCACGUGGAGAACCUCGACGUCGUGCUUGGCGUGAAGGACGUGCAGAUGCGCGUCAGCAAGAUCUUCAAGAACAAUCGAAUACUCACCGAGGCGACCAAUCUCUUUCUACGGGAAAACGGGCAGGAAGUGCUGAAGUUGAUGGAACCGCAGCUGAAGAGAAAAUUGUCGGCGCUCUUCGCCGGAAUUGUCAACCAACUGUUGCGGCAUGUGCCAGUGGAAUCGUUCCUUAUACCUUAAGCUUACCUUACCUUAUCUUUUACACAUACGAUAUAUAUAUAUAUAUAUAUAUAUAUAUAGCGACCGUUAUUUUUCUCCCCUCGGUAAAAUCGAUCGAUCGCUCUUUAAUAUGAAAUGUAUAACGGGAACUGGGCACGUGCUCUAUAAAAUGUAGAACGUCUCGAUUAUUCUUAGAUUUACAACAAAAACGUCACUAAUUUAUCACUUGAAGGUAGUGUAAACUGUGAUUUUUAUAUACCGAUUACAUUAUUUUUUUUUCUAAGAUUUUACCACAUUCUCUCUUCGAGUAUUUUUUCGCAAGUUGCAACGUACAUUUGAAGACGAUAUUUGAAGCAAAAUGUGUCACCCCGCGCUUGCGUGAGCUAAUCCCACACCAGUAUCGGCUGUGAUUUUAUUCCGAUGUUUCUAAAACACACGACUUGCGAGUUUUACGAUUCAUUCGUGAUUGGGAAA